AUGAUGUCUAUUCAUUCAGAUUUUUUUGCUUCAGUUCGUAUUUUGAAUGCACUGAUGGAUAUAUUUUUGAAUUCUGUCCAGAAGACAGGUAAAGGUGAGGCAUCUGAACUAUGGACUCCAUCUCUUAAAGAUGUAUGCACUGUAUUUCUUAAUAUGGGAGCAUCUUUCCAGAGUCUGUUCCCCUUGCAGAGUCUUCAGCCAGGCUUCACAUAUGAGCAAAUAAUAUCUGAAAUAGAUGUAUUGAGAAGAGACUGCUCCAGUACGAAGACCAGCAUCAGUGAGCACUUUGCAUUUUUGUCUCCAUUCAAUGUUAUACAUGUUAUCAAGUUCCUUGUAUUCUGUACGAAUCUCUGCCCUGAAGCUUACACCGACCACGAGUUAAUGCUCCUUAUAUCUGUAGUUUGUAGAAUAAGCUUGGAGAGAAAAUUGCAGUUGAUACCACUUGUUGAUUUUGAGAGCCUUUUGGAAAGUCUUUUGAAAAACAUAAAAGAUUGGGAUUCACAGCUUCCUGCUCUGUGUCUGGUCUUAAGUGACAUUACAGAUCACCACCAUAAUCUCCUGAGAGUUGUCCAGCUGCUGCCAAGCGCACACACGCGUGGGAGAGAAUUAAGAAGACAUCUCAGUCUAGUGAUAAUUUCAAAACUUCUUGACAAGAAAUGCACUUAUGUACCCAGGACUCGGGAUUUUCAGGCAAGUGCAGAGAAAAAUAUUUCUUUAUAG